ACAACAUUAUAUAUUUCGGUAAUAUUAUUAUUAUUGUUAUUACUUAUUAUAAUUUCGAGCAUUUGUUUCCGAACGAUUAAAAACCAAAGGGUUAUGACGCGAUCCUAAUAGAUUAUGGCCAAUCUCGACGAAGACCUGUCCCGCCUGUCAAUAGGUGAUGACCCAAACAAUAAAUUUAAGAAAGAUAAAGCCCAGAGGGAUUUGGAAAUAUAUAGACCAGGUAGUGGUCCACUUAGACGCAGCGGGAGUUCACGUCAGGAGGGUGAUGACGAUAGCUCUGUAUUUUCUGGGUACGGCCGUGACUUAGACUUGGGAAAGAAGAGCGACUUCAUUCCUAAUAAACAUUUUGAAAACUCAAACAGAAAGAAAGACAAUUUUCCACGAGGGCCAUCUAAAACAAAUGGUUUUGCAGCUGACAAUUAUAGUACGUUUAAUUUGAGACGAAGACAACAAAAGAAAACUCAGCCGUUUUACGAACCACCAAACGAAUGGAGUGAAGGUAGCAAACGGCCAGAUCGGCCACGAGUAAAUUUCGUUCAUCCUGACGACUCUAAAGAUGACGAUGGUAAUUGGAGAACCCAUAAAACGCCCAAAACGGUGGUUGCUCCAAAGAUUAUAAAAAAACCUGAGGUUAAACCUGUCCCCGAAAAACCAGCAGUAUCGGUUGUGGAGAGUGCGCCUAGUUUGGCUGUUGUUACUCCUCGUGUUAAUUCGGCUGUUAUUACUCAUCGUGUUAAUUCGGCUGUUAUUACUCCUCGUGUUAGCUCUGCCCACACUCAAAGUACACCUGAAAAAAUCCCAGGGUUUGUGAGUCGAAAAGAAAAGAAACCUAUCAAUAAAACCGCACUUAGUAGUAUUUUAUUGUCUUAUGAAAAAAUGCCUCCACGAUUCCGUAAAAAGUUUUGUGAAGAAAACAAUAUUACUGUGGAGGAGGUUGAGUCGUACAUUACAAAUGGAAUUCCACCGUCCCAGGAUGACCACAAACCCAACAAUUCGUAUCAGUCUAGAAGCCAAACAUUACCAUCAAAAAAUAGUAAAGGAAGGUUUAACGAGCCCCCAAGACAACACGAACAAGUGUUUUACAGGACGAAUACUGCAAAUCAACAGCAACCAAAACCUGAAGUAAGAAGAACUCAUUCAAUGGCUCAUAGCACAUCAGACCAUAGUAAACGAGUCAACAACAAUAUUGAAUUUGGCUUGCCCGUCAAAACCGCAAAUUCAAGUCACAUAGAGCCUAGUAGGAUUGACGAUUCUAAAGCUAUUCAUGAUGAUUCGUCAAACUGUGUUAAACAGCCAUUGGAAAGUGCAGUCAUAUUGCCAAUUGGUACAAUCAAUUGGGCCGAGGAGGUUGAACGAGAGGAAAAUUUGUCUAAAGUAGCUGAAGACACAAAAAAAGAAAUGAAUGAAAAGAAAUUACUAGAGCCAAUUGAAAAAACUCACAGUUCCAACAGAGACAGAAAACGGAGAAAAAGUGUGAGUAAAGAUAGAAAAGACAUUCCCUUACCUCAACACGAUCAGUCGUCAGGUAGUGCACAUUCUAAAUGGCACGGUAGUCACGUCAACGACAAUACCGAACGAUCGAGUAGUAAUGGUAAUUGGAGAAGUGAUAAAUCAUUGAAGUCCAACAGGAAUCGUAGUAAUGAUCGGUCGAGAAUCCAGUCGAGCGUCCAGUCAAGACUACAACGAAACAGGCACAAUAGUGAAAAAUCAGCAUCCCAAAAAUCAGAAAAUAUUGCCGGAAUAAUCAAACUGCCUCCGAAUGUCAGCACUGCGGACACUAAUAAGCUCUCUCUCAACGGUUACUUGAAUAAAACCAUGACAGCGCACGCUUCGCCGUCUCCUUGUCCAGCCAAACAGUUGUUCAAUCCAAACAAUCCUAACAAACCAAUUGUAAUAUCUUCGAAACAGCAAAACACCAGAGUGGGAUACCCAGCACCGAGCGUAGAUCCACAUCCUCCGAAUGACUAUUACAACAUAAGAGGUGUCAAUGCUGUUCCUGUCCAACAAUUUUCCGGUGCACAUUUCGGCAAUCUGCCACCUAGUUGGUACGAUCCAUACACGGAAAGUUAUCGCAAGGCUCAAAAUCCGAUUUUAUUGUUGGACAUAAAUAAAGCGGAUUCCAUCAUGGAAGAACUACUGUUUGGGCCGAACUUGCUUCAGAAUUGGCCCAUCAUAAACUCUUGCAGGGAGUUCUUGAAAGAUGCAUUAAGAGAGCUUUUAAAGAUAGACUUAAAAUUUUGCCAAAGGGAAAAUGUGGAAUCACAUUUUUGGAAAAUUUUGUAUCACAACAUCAUUGAGCAACUCAAGAAGCUCAUCAGCGAAGACUCUCCAGAAUUAUCUAAGGAUUAUAGCACAUUGCUUAUGAAUUUAAUAGAAGAAGGUAUGAAAUACAUGAACGAUUUGCUAAAGUUUUUGGAACAAACGUAUAGUUUUAAUUUGGACGAUUACAUGUCCUUGACUUGUCUAUCAACAAAAAAACUCGGUGAUAUCGGUCUUGCUUUGAUAUCCUCUCAAAAAUUGUAUAUAUCGUUAGGAGACUUGGCGAGAUAUAAAGACAUUAUGAAUCACAGCACCAACUAUGUGAUUGCUAAACAAUGGUAUACUAAGGCUAACCAAAUAAACCCCAAAAAUGGUAGGCCUUACAACCAACUCGCUCUGUUGGCCGUGUAUGAAAAACGUAAGCUUGACGCUGUGUAUUAUUAUAUGAGAAGUCUGAUGGCUUCUAACCCGUUUCAAUCUGCCAAAGACAGUUUGUUGUCCCUGUUUGAAGAAUAUAGGAGAAAAUACGAAAUGACUGACAGGAAACGUCAAGAAGAUAGAGAACGACGAGAACGAGAAAAAGCAAAAGAAAAAGAGAGCGUUAUAUCAACCAAGGAAAAGUACAGCAAAAGAAGAAAAGAAAUUUGGAUACACCCAGACGGUGGUAAACGAUCGCACAGGACAACAUCUACCACUGAACCGACUCAAGAUAUUGAUGAAGAAGAACUGUCCAAGUUAUCGCAGUCCGAAGUCAACAAACGAUUCAUUGUAAGUUUCCUGCACGUUCAUGGAAAACUAUUUACUAAAGUCGGUAUGGAGACCUUUCAAGACACUGCAUUACAAAUGCUUCGAGAGUUUCGCAAAUUAUUGUCGCACACACCAAUACCGAUUAUAACGACAAGAUUUCUUCAAUAUCUAGCGUUGAACAUGUUUGCAAUUGAGUACAGUCGACCGAAAGAUACGCAUGUGGAACAGGGUUAUUGGUCUACGGUGCACGAGUGUGCGUUGGUCAUGGCAUUGCAAAUGUUCAGUUUGAUUGUGGACAGAUGCAAUCAGCUGUUAAAAGAAUUGCUGAGCAAAGAAGAAGACACUUCCAUGGCCAAACACUUAAUUGGUAGCGACGUCGACUUCCUAUUACCACCAAUCAAGGUGUGGUGUGAUUGGCUGUUGCGCAACUCCAAGGUAUGGAAUCCGCCACCAUCUUGUUCGGACUACAAACUGAGCGGUAGUGGUGACUGUUGGAGUAGAUUGGCUUCGUUGGUAAACAAUUUGGAAAAAUUCCAACAACAAUAUAAAUUAUUUUUGAAUGAAGUCGAUGAAAAAGAUCCAAAUGCAAUACAACUUAAGCUUCCCGAAGAUUCUAUGUUCAGCGGUUUCACUCCGAUUAUCGGUUAUGAACUUAAACCCGUGUUUAUCCAACCUUCAUCGGAUAGAGAUUUGUCCGAACUCGCUUUGCGGGUGAAUUGCAUAUUGUUUUUUGGAACAGAAUUUUUGUGUGGUACUGAGCCUCCGGUAUUCAAACUGCACAAAACCGACACCGGAGCCAGUGAAUACAUUUCGGUUGUCGAGACGGCCACUCCCAAAGACGAUAGCGAAGACGAAGAUUUAUGCGUUGAAAGUUGGAGCGAUGAAGACAACGAUCAAAAGUCUAAACCUUCCGAGAGUAAAUCCGUAACGGAAUCUUCUACAAAACCACUUUCGAAUGAGAUACAAAAACUUUUAAGCAGAAAAGAAGAACUGGAAAAAAAGCAGCGCAACGAAGAAUUGCGACAAAUAAGAGUACAGGAAAUACUGAAACAAGUUUCGUAUUGUGUGGAAAUUGAAAUCAAACCGCAUUAUGUAGUUCCUGAUACAAACUGUUUUAUUGACUAUCUACCUCAACUGGACAAAUUGAUCCACUCGUUUUCCCAAGCCCAAGAACAUGUGUGUACUCUCAUGAUUCCUACUGUCGUUUUGAUCGAAUUGGAGGGAUUGGCCAAGGGCGGUUGGGCACGAGAGACGGUUUGCGACGCUGCCAAACAAGCAUUGAAAAUAUUGAAAAACCUUGAUACUCCAGCAGUUAAAUUUGUUACGACAAAAGGAUCUAGUUUUAAAUCCUCAACGUUCUUUGAAGAGGAAACUAACGUCGUGGGUAAUAACGACGAUAAAAUCUUGACCACUUGUCUUAGUCUCUGUAAGCACAGUUCUCAAACGGCACCUGACAGUCUGCAAGAAGGUGAACCUAGGAAAAUUUACAGGGAUGUAGUGUUGCUGACUGAAGAUCGGAAUCUCAGAGUCAAGGCACUGUCGUCCGAUAUGCCGGUCAGAGCUAUUAUGGAUUUCAUAAACUGGUUGAAUGUCAACAAUAGUUGAUCCAUUCAGUUGCAGCCAUAGGAAUGCUGUGUAUUGUUCCUAAUUACAAAGACUUAUGGAGUGAAUUUUAAAAUACGACUGCUUAUGGUAUUUGCUUACUUUCGUGUUUCUUGCGGCAUUCUAGCUUCGAUGUAUAUUUUUUUAGAAAUGUUAACACUUAUUGUAGUACUUAUAUGACCAGUAACUUUUGUUUUUAAAUUUACUUUCUUUUCCCAUCCGACUCGGUGGUGAUGACGUUUUAACAUAAAACAGAUUAACAGAUACUCAGGUGCUGUUCUCUCUAUUGUUACCUACCGGACAUCAUACCUCGUAUAAAAAAAUAAUUUAAAUCAAUUUAGUUUAUAUGAACAAAUACAUUUUUUGACCGCUAUCGACCAUUUACAAACAUACUCUUAAUGUCCAUCAGGGGCUUGAAGUGUUUUUUUAACUAAAGACAAUAAGUAUUGAUAAAUUUGAAACAAAUAAAUUUGCUUUUUUCAAUAAAAUCGCAGUUCUAUAUUCAUUUAAAAAAAAAACGUACGAUAUUUUUAUUUGUUGAAUUUAUUUUAACAGGCUUUAAUAACUUCAACAACUUAAAAACGUAUUAAAAAACUAUCAUAACUAUUUAUAAUAAUUGUGAUUGAUUUCCUUGUUGGUUUUAAUCAUCACACACCGAGAAUAAUUUGUAGUCCUAUGUUUUUUUAAUAUUUAUUUUUUGUGAAAGUACAAAGGAAUACAAAUUAAAAUUAAUUUUUUUUACAUGUAUAACGAACACGUCAUUGUCGAGGGUUAAAUUUUUGUUUAGGUUUUUUACCUUACACUGUGACCCAUUUAAGUGUUGUACACUAAGUUUUUUUUUUUAAAAAUAAUGUUAAUAAUAAUAUAUUAUAUAAAUAAUAUUAUGUUCUGUUUAUGUUAGUUAUGCAAUUCUACUCGAUUUAGACACUGAUUUGAUUAUUUUGAUUGUAACACCAACAGGAUAAAAAUAUGUUUUGUCUUGUAUUAAUUUAAGACAAUUCGAGUACAAAUAAUAUUAUGUAGGUCUGAAUAGUAUAAUAUGUUAUUUUUAUUUGUUUGUGAAAAGUAUAUAAUAUAUUGCAUGUGUAUUUAUACACUGAACAUUGUAAUUUGGAAAAAAAAGGAGUUAAUUUAUAUAUAAUUGUAUAAUAUUAUGAUAGUCGUUACUGAAACCAGAAAACCUGACCAGGCCGAAGCAUUAUAAUAUACGUUCUGCACUACAGUAACGACAAAUCACCUGAUUAGUGAUAAUUGUAAAAGUUAAUUAAAAUAUUUUUGUUUCCAUUAUUUAA